GCUGGGCCCGAGGUGAUGUGAUGGGGUGCCGGAACAGCAAGGUCCUCCCUGAGCCUCCAGGGGACGUUCAGUUGGACCUGGUCAAGAAGGUGGAUCCUCCCUCACCUCCUCAGACAGAUAUCUACAGGCACUUCAUACGAGGAGAUGGCUCCGGGAGCAAGACCAAAGGAACGGCUGGAGACCAGCCGGACUUCAUCUCCUCGAAUCAAGCCCAGGCACAAGCAGCCAGUCCCACCGCUUCAUCCCAGACCCUCAAGGACCCGUCCAAACUCUCGGACCCUGAGCGGAGGAAGGUGGCAAAGUAUCGAGCCAAGUUCGACCCUCGGGUCCGAGCGAAGUACGAGAUCAAAGCCCUGAUCGGUCGCGGGAGCUUCAGCCGCGUUGUUCGCGUGGAGCACAAGAGCACGCGGCAGCCGUACGCCAUCAAGAUGAUCGAGACCCGUUACCGCGCGGGGAGGGAAGUGUGUAAGUCCGAACUGUGCGUCCUGCGCCGAGUCCGUCACACCAAUAUAAUCCAGCUGAUGGAGGUGUUUGAGACGGCGCAGCGCGUCUACAUGGUGAUGGAGCUGGCCACCGGAGGGGAGCUGUUUGACCGGAUCAUCGCCCGCGGCUCCUUCACGGAGCGGGACGCCACGCGGGUGCUGCACAUGGUCCUGGACGGCGUCAAGUAUCUGCAUGCCUUGGGGAUCACGCAUCGAGACCUGAAGCCGGAGAACCUGCUGUACUACCACCCCGGACCCGACUCCAAGAUCAUCAUCACUGACUUCGGUUUGGCCAGCAGCAGGAAGAAAGGCGACGAGUGUCUGAUGAAGACCACCUGCGGCACGCCGGAGUACAUCGCCCCCGAGAUCCUGGUGAGGAAGCCCUACACCAACGCUGUGGACAUGUGGGCUCUGGGGGUGAUAUCGUACAUCCUGCUGAGCGGAACCAUGCCGUUCGAGGACGACAACCGCAUGAGGCUGUACCGGCAGAUCCUGACGGGGAAGUACAGCUUCUCUGGAGAGCCGUGGCCCAGCGUGUCCAACCUGGCCAAAGACUUUGUGGAGCGCGUCCUGAUGGUGGACCCCAGCGAGCGGCUGACGGCCGGCCAGGCCCUCAAACACCCCUGGAUCGUCAGCAUGGCAGGUUCCUCCCAGAACAAGAACCUGCAGCGCUGCAUAUCCCAGAACCUCCUGAAGCGCGCCUCCUCGCGCUGCCACAGCACCAAGUCGGCCCAGUCCACGCGCUCCAGCCGCUCCACCAAAUCCAACAAGUCCAACAAAUCUAACUGGUCCCGCCGGGUCCGAGAGAAGGAGCUGCGGGAGCUGAACCGCCGCUAUGAGCAGCAGUACAACGACUGAAACUCUGCGGCUGUCCUGAAGACCAAAACGUUCUGCUUUAAAAAGACUUGGAUAAACCCAUGCUGCCUCUGAGACCAGAACCGACCAGUGAACUGUUUCU